GUCUGCGCCAUAUAACUAUCCUCAAAUUGCUAGGACUUGGAGAAGAUAUUGGAGGUGUCUUAGAGUUGUAUCCAAUUAAUGGAAGCUCUACUGUAGACAGAGAAGAUAUCCCAGCUAAUUUGGUGAAAGACAUUCGGAAUUAUUUCCAAAUUAGCCCAGAAUACUUCUCCAUGCUUCUAGUUGGGAAAGAUGGAAACGUCAAAUCCUGGUAUCCUUCUCCAAUGUGGUCUAUGGCAAUUGUGUAUGAUCUGAUUGAUUCCAUGCAGCUUCGGCGACAGGAAAUGACAAUUCAGCAAUCGCUCGGCAUGCAGUGCCCGGAUGAUGAGUAUGGUGGGUAUGGUUACCAUAGCUAUCACCAGGGAUACCAGGAAGGUUACCAAGACGACUACCGUCACCACGGAAGUUACCACCAUGGAUAUCCGUACUGAAAAGAGCAACUUAGCCUCUGACUGCCCCGUGCCUGUCUUCUAAUAGCUAUCCAAGCAAUAGGCGGCCAGUUGCAGACAGUCUUCCCAGGCCACCUAGGUAUCCAUGCCUUGUUCUUCCACUGUUCAGUCAAGGGACUUCGGUCAUUUGCCUUCUCAAAAAUGCAGAAGCCUUUACAGUGAAGCAAUUCAAACCAGUAGCAUUGAAGCUUUAAACAAUAAAGACUCCUUUAUAUUUUUAAACCUUUAUAAACAAAGGGCAUCAGCAGGUGCUGUUCAUAUUAAAACCAAACAGAAAAACCCCACAAUCCCAGUUCUUGGUCACUACGGUAUGGCAGGACAUAAACUGUCCAACAAAUAUUGCAAUGCUUUUUUAGUAUUUUUUUCUAAGGAG